AUGCCAUGCUCUGCCUUGCUCUGCCUUGCUCUGCCUUUUGCCCUGCCCUGCCCUGCCCUGCCCUGCCCUCCUCUGCCCUGCUCUGCUAUGUUUUCAUUUCCCCCAUCCUCCCUUCCCCUCCCUUCAGUUUCCGACCGAUCCCAACCGAUCCCAUCCUUUCACAUCCCAAUUACAAUUUCAACCACCACUACAACCACCAUUAACAAUCCCAUCUCACUCGCUCUCUUUUACAGCGCAGACGCUUUCUCAUCUGACAAGCAUGUCAGCUUCCCGCUCGCCGAUGGCUUCUUCUUCUGCAUCACGCUCCGUUUCGGUGCAUACGCCAUCGCGCUCUUGGACUUCGUUUCCUCAAUCUUCCUCUUCAUCAGCUGCUGUGUGGAACUUGCGAAUCCGGAGAUAGUCAAUCGGCAUGCAGACAACAGUGCGUUCGGUGCCAUUGGGAAUGGACACACGGAGUUUGGAAGCAGCAGGAUUAUGAUGAGGAGCAGCAGAGCUUUUCUCCUGCUCUCCUUCUUAACUUUGUACUUCUCUUUCAACGGCGCCAUAGCUGCCAGGAUAGGACAUCUCGAGCAUCUCAGAGUUUAUCUCCACUGGAAGGCGCUCAAAACGAUCCUUACGAUCGUCCUCCAUGUCCUCCUGCAUCGGAUCUGGUGGGAUGGAUGCGGCAUUCUAAGCAACGAUGCUUGUCUGGACUUGAAGAUGCAGUACAUCUUCAUGGGGGUGCUCUGGUCCAUCCCCGACUUCUACUUCCUCUGGAUAGUGUGGUCAUUGUGUGAAAUUCUUCUUAUCGGCACUGAGGAAGAUCUCCGCAAGGCCGGGUAUGACAUGUGGGACAUCGAAGACCGCCGCGCACUGGAGGCCAACGGCUAUCAGGCUGUUGCAUCUACCGCCCGCCCUGGGCAGACUACAUGGCUCGUGUAA